CGGAAGUGGGUUGCUGCUUAAGCCUGUUAGCUCCAAACCAAAACACAGGAGAUAUUAUCGUUUUAAAUGCACAUGGAAUUGGUAAUAAGCUGAAUUUUGCUCUGACGGUGUCUGUUGGAGUUGUAUGCUUUGGUCUCUGAGUCUGUCGGACGUCUGAGAAGCAGCUGAACAGCCGAACCGCGAAGAUGGAGCAGGACCCUGGUGUCUCUGGAGCAGAGUCUGCGGCUCCAUCACCAGCAGCCAAGUCAAAGCUGGAUACACUGUCCAAAGAUGACCUCAUCAAGUUUGCCAAGAAGCAGAUGGCUGCCAUGCAGAAGAUGAAGAGCCGGUGUGCAGAUUUGGAAAAAGAAGUUGAAUCCACCAAACGGCAAAACAAAAGCAGUAACAGCAGUUCAGAUGAUGCCACGCUGAUACAGGAGCUGACUGAGAGGAUGGAUGCCUUGCUGCUGGAGAAGGCAGAAAUUCAGCAGAGUCUCUCACUGUCUCGUAAAGACCUUGAGAAGACUAAGCAGCUAGGAAAGGAUGAUCUAGCGAAGCUGCAAGGAGAGUUUGACCAUGUGAUGGAGGAUCACCAAAGAAAGAUCAAGACCCUAGAGAGCAGGAUAGACGAAUCCAACAACAAACACCAAGAAGAGGUGGCUUUUUUCCAGAAGUUACUGAAAGAGCGAGAAGAGAGUGACAGGGAGAGAGAUAGCGAAAGGGAGAGAGAGCGCCAAGCUGAACAUGCCAGGGCAAAAGAGAGUGUCGAAGAAGUCCGCCGGUGCUUGGAAGUGCAGCUGCAAACCCUUCUAACUGAACUGGAAGCUGCCCGCGAAGGAAGAACUCAGGAGAUCGCUGAGCUGCAAGAGAGCCACCAAAGGGAGCUGACAGAGGGUCAGCAGGAGGUGGAGAACCUGAAGGAGGAGCUGGCUCAGAAGAGUCUGCAGCAUGAGGAGGAAAUGAGGGCACUGGAGGAGGACUGCGAGAUCGAGAGGGACCGUCUCCUGUUGCUCCAGGAGGAGCUUACGGAGCAGCUCGCUCUUAAAGACAGCUAUCUGCAGGAUGUGCAAGAAGAGGAUGAGGAUCCUGCUCGGAGUUCAGGGAUCGCCAAAAUGCUGGCACUGUCUGGAUUAAGUGUGGGUGAGUCCAGCCACAAUGACGGAGAGGAGACGGAGACUGGCAGACUGAGAUCAGCUCUCGAAGACCUCCAGGCCCAGAACACCAUGUUGCAGGACGAGCUCACCUUGCUCAGUAAUGUGAAAAGUGAGCAGGAAGCAGAGCUGGAGAGGGUCAAGGAGGAGUUCCAGCUUGAGAAAGAGGAGAUGGAGUUUAAAAUCAAUGAGUUGCAGUUGACCAGGGAUAGUAUCUCCAAUGACAGUGUAGGGACUCUCUAUCCAGACCAACAACAGGUCCAAGGAGAAUCCAAGGAGUCUGCAACGAAUCCAGAGGAGCAGCAGAACCUGAGGGACCACUGUGAGGACUUGACCAGGGACAGAGACGCUGCCCUCGCUGAGUGUCAACACAUGAGGGGUAUGCUUCAAGGUGUAGAGACAGAGCUGGUGGAGAAGACAAAAGAUUUUGUUGAUCAGUACAAUGCCAUGAAGGAGCACGGAGCUAGUACUCUACAAGAACUCCACGACAAGAUAGCUCAUCUCAGCAAGGAGAGAGAUGCACUUUUGGUGAAGGUCAAAGAGGUUACAGAGGAGAACAACAUUCUGAGUGACACCAUGGCUCAACAAAAGCUGAAGCCUGAAGGUUCAAUAGCUGAAGACCAGAAACUCCAGGCAUCCGUAGAGGAACAAACAAGUUUGGUCGGUGAGCUGAGGCAAUCUGUGGAGGAGCUAACCAAGCAGAAUGAGGAGAUCCUCUCUGAAAUGCAGAUGAAGGAGCACAUGACGCAAGACCUUAAAGAGAUGGUCACUAGGCUGACUGAGGAGCGAGACAAAAUACAAUCCCUGCUUCAGACGCGAAUGGAAGAAAUGCAGAAUCUGAACGAUGAGAGCGCAAAAGAGUUUGAGAGGCUGCUGGAGGGGAAAGAAAGAGAUGCACUUUUGCUGACAGAGGAGAAAGAGAAGGAGCUGAAAGGCUUGAAAAAAGAGAAGGAGGACGAAGUGCAACAUCUGAACGAGGAGAGGGAAAAGAUAGAGGAGAGGUUGGAAGAGGAGGUGAAAAGACGGCAGGAGAUUGUUUCUGCUUUAGAGCUGAGUAUCAAAGAGCUCGCCAAAGAGAAGACUGACAUCCAUCAGAAACUGGAAGAGGCAUCCUCGGGGCUCGCCAAAGCCCAGGACGACAAGGAGCUUCUGUGCUCAAAGCUGGAAGCAAUGGAGGCUCAGCUGGAGCAGGAGACAUCUGAAAAGCAUCAGCUACAGGAGAGGUUGAGCUCAGCGACAGAGGAGGCAGAGCAGUCCCGCACCUCCAUCGGAGCUCUGGAAGAAAAUAUGAAUGAGGCACUCAAAAAUUCCUCCGAUGAGGUUGAGGAGCUCCGAGUGCGUGUAGAUGAGCUGGAAAAGGAGAGGAAUCUUUUGAAGAAUACUCUCGAACAGGCUCAAGGGGAGAGAAGCGUAGAGGAGGUUCAUAAGGAGCUCCAGGCCCACAUCACAAACCUGGAACAGGAGAGGGACAUGCUGAAAAACAAUGUGGUGGAGUUGGUGAAGGAUAACGAAGGGCUGCAAAAAGACCUGCUGGAUCUGAAGUCAGUCAGUGAGAAGAUAAGUGAGGAGAACCAGAAACUGAUGGUUCAAGUUUCUCUGGUGACUGAAGAGAAGGAAGAAGGGGAAAUGGAGGAUAUGCAGCGAGAAAGAAGAGCUUUCUCUGAUCAGCUGACAGAGAAAGACUCGCUCAUUUCUCAGUUGAGGAGUGAAGUGUCCGCUCUCCAGGAGUCUGCUUCCUCUGAGGAAUCUGCGGACAAUGAGAUCAAACAGAAAAUAGCGAUCCUGGAGAAAGAAAAGAAAGAAAAGGACGAGAGGAUGAACAAAAUCAAGGCGGUUGCUGUCAAAGCGAAAAAAGAGCUGGACAUCAGUAAGAAAGAGAUUGCAAACCUUAAUGAGGUAGUGGGAUCGCUGAAAGCGGAGAAGGAGAAAGUGAGCAGCUCUAUGAAAGAUAUCAUCCACGGUGCUGAAGGCUACAAGAAUCUGCAGAUUGAUUACGACAAGCAAACAGAGCAACUGGAUAAGGAGAGAGAGAAGGUGGAGGCGGCAGAGAGACAAAUUGCAGAGCUGACCAAACGACUCAGCAGUGCUGUCACACAGUACGAAAUGCUGAGCAUUCAGAAAGAGGACCUGUUGGCUGGUGGGGAGACCAUCAGGAGCACAGUGAGGCAGCUGGAGGCCCAGAACCAGGAGCUGCAAAGACACAUAGCCAGUCUUGACAAAGACCUGAUGGCUGAGAGAGCCAUGAAAGAACAGAAGAUCAAGGACUUGUCAUCUGCCGUCAAGGAGGUAGAAGAGCUGACAGCACAGCUCCACAAGCAGCAGCAGCAGUCUCAGCAGACUGCUCAGGAGCUGGAGCAGCUACGCAAGGAGGCGCAGCAGAACUCACUGAUGGACAUGGAGAUGGCCGACUAUGAGCGUCUGGUGAGAGACCUCAACUCCAAACUUUCAGAGAAGGAUGAGUGCGCUGAAGAGUUAAACAGUCAGAUAAACACACUCUCCCAGAAGGAGGACACACUCAAGCAGGAAAUCGAGGCUUUGAAGUCCCAGCUGGACCAGGGGGAGGAGAAGACCUCCAAGAUGAAACAGCUGCUGGUGCAGACCAAGAAGGACUUGGCUGAUGCCAAGAAACAGGGGAGCUCCCUCAUGAUGCAGCAGGCCUCUCUGACAGGAGAGCUGGAGGCUAACCAACAGCAACUAGAAAGCUCCAAGAUCGCGGUGUGCGAUCUGACGGCAGAGCUUCAUCGUCUGCAGGAGCAGCUGAGGUCUACAGUGGAACAGCAACAAAGAACCUGCAGCUCCCUGCAGCAACGCAUCAACAGCCUACAGCAGGAGAAAGACGAUGCUACGGCUGAGCUUGCGGCAACUACAGCCGAGUUCGAGGGCUACAAGGUGCGAGUUCACAAUGUGCUCAAACAGCAAAAGAGAAAAACCAACUCUCAGAGCGAAGGAGACUCUGGCAAACUAGAGAGGGAGCAAUUCUCCUCUCAGGUAGAUCAGCUGAAGUCCAGGCUGGCAGAAAGCCAGCAGAGCCUCCAGAGCAGCACAGCAGAGCUGCAGCAGCUCCAGACUGAACAUGACACUCUUCUGGAGAGACACAAUAAAAUCCUCCAGGAAACUGUGAGCAAGGAGGCAGAACUCCGCGAGAGGCUGAUGUCAGUGCAGUCAGAUAAAAUGGCUCUGAGCUCAGACCUGUCCCAGGCUCAGAGUGACCUGUUGUCUCAGGUAGAGGCCCAGCGGCAGACAUACAGGGAGCAGCUGAAGAGGCUGCAGGAUGACCACCGAGCCACUGUAGAGACCCUGCAAAGCCAGCUGACCCGUGUUGAGGAGCAGCUCUUCACACUGCAGAACCAGAACAGUGCAGUGUCGGUCCAGUCCAGCCGCAAGUCUUUGUCCUCAGACCCUCAACGCAGAAACACAGAUCAAAACCAGGUAGGGCUGGGACUGAUGGCUCUCAGCGACCUUCAGUCUAUGGCCAGGGAAGAGGGCGAGGGUAUGGAGAUGACUGAAAGUGAGAGCCCUUCUCCUGCACGUACACCCUUCCCCUCUCUGGAGCAGCUCCUCAUGUCUCCGGAUCCCAAACAAGAGCCAUUUGUGUGGACUGUUGAGCCGACCAAAGAAGAGCUUAGUCAAAAGCUGACUACAGCCACACGCAGCAUGGAGCAUAUGAACAGCCUGCUGCAUGAAACCGAGGCCACCAACGCUGCUCUCAUGGAGCAGAUCACUUUGUUGAAGAGUGAGGUGCGUCGUCUAGAGCGAAACCAGGAGAGGGAGAAAAGUGUGGCCAACCUGGAGUAUCUGAAGAAUGUCCUGCUGCAAUUCAUCUUCCUGCGAUCCGUCAGUGAGAGGCAGGCACUGCUGCCAGUUAUUCACACCAUGUUGCAGCUCAGUCCAGAGGAGAAAAGCAAACUGGCUGCCAUUGCACAAGGUGAGGAGGAGGGGUCUGGGGCUCGGGGCUCGGGCUGGUCCUCCUAUCUCCACAGCUGGUCUGGAAUCAGAUAGACCUGACUCUAAACCAGCUCAACAAUGGGAACAUUGGGAGCACAGUGCUAAAACGUUACUGGAACUUUUUCUGUGAAAACCUGUACUGUGCAUUCAAAAUAGUGGCAAACGAGUGAUAUGCUAACUGGGGAAUUUAUUAAUAUUUGGAGACACAAUAGGAUGGACCAAAGAAUGUACAAAAACUGAAUGACAAUGUGGGACAGAGAUGAAGCUAAAUCAUUUACAUGAAGAUUUAAUGAGCAGUGCAAUAGAUACACCAGUCUCUUGUCGAUGAAUGUGAACUGGGACAUGAUUCUGUCUUCCAUGAUUUUUGACUUAUAUUUAUAAUAUUUACUGGACAUGGUUACUUCCUUGAAGUGGAGCUCAUAAGGGAUUAUAAGGCAUUAUUAUCACAAUGAGAAUAUUGUGAUUGAGUUAAUGAUGUAAGAGAAACAUUGUUUAAUUUGUAACUGGGUAGGGGGGGUAACUGUGUUAAUAGCAUAACAUCAAUACAAUAUUUAUGUUUGAUUACUUUGCAAGAAAGAAUUUUGAAAUAAUUUCCACUUUUAGUUUUUACUGUCGUGUGGAGGGGGGGACUUUAAUGUUAUGUGCUUGGGCAACAGUCUUAAGUAUGUGAUUUCAGUUCAUGAGCUAAAGCAAACAUCCAUCUUAAAAUCACUUAAUUUACAAAGAGGUGCAUAUUUAGCUUUUAUCAGGUUCACCUGACCAAAAUGACUGAGCAGUAUCAUACAUGGUAUAUUUGCACUUUUCUUGACUGAGUGUGCAAUUAAUCAGUUCACUAAAGCCUGAAGCACUUAAACCUUUCUUUUACUCAACUGCAGUCAAUCAUAUUCAAUACUGAUGGUUUUGAAUUCUGUUUUGGUCUCUGUGUAAUUUGUUGUUAGUGGUUGUUCUUACCAAACUUUUCUUUUCAUGGUUUCUGUUUCAAUUUUCUGGAACCAAUUAUUGAUUUGUCAGUUGUCGUGCUGUCGUUUAAACCGCCAAACAUCAGAGAUCUCGUCUGAAGUCGGCUGUCUUCUCAGUUCCGGUGACACCAAGCACAUCCACCCCGCUAGAGUGUCCUUGAGCAAGACUCCCAACCAGACUCAUGGGUGCUUCUUUUUACAGCGUGUCAUUAUGACCUCUGGCGCAACUGUUGAGAUUUUGGAGGGGGACACAUAUCCACACAGAGGUCCCACUUUCCCUAAAACACACAUGUCUGUUCCUCAUGUUUCCAUUACACAAAUACUGAAGUCCUAUCAUUGAUAAAGAUCACUGGCUUUUUCUAAUUCCACUGGCAGCUUUUUUCUGUGAUUCUUUCAGCGUGAGUGAAUGUAUUUUUAUCCUCUUCUUUUAUAUUUAUGAGGGUUGAUGUCAGUAGGAGGGAUGAGAGAAAUGGACCUAUAUAAUAUCUGUAUGUGGGUGAAUAAACUUUUACUGUAUAUAAACUGGA